AUGGCACUGGCGGCCUUGGGCUCGUUGACAGACGAGCUCAUUACUGCCGUUGCCAAAAUUACCCCCGAGCAAAAGGAUUCACCGCGCGUCCAAAGUAUCAAGCGCCGCGUAGAAGCUGCACUACGCCCUGGUACACAUGGCCGAAUUAAUCAAUUCGAAGUGGCCCGCCAGUUAGAGGGCCUCGAGGAGAAAUUCCAGGUCUUGAAUCGAGACGAGCUGGCAGCAGCUCUCCGUAGCCGCCUUGCUGAGUUACAGGGUUACCCAAAUGCAUGGCAUCCCGAAAUUCUGAGCUUGCUGGUGCAACUAUCAGAUCGCCCGGCCCAAUUAACAAAUCUUGAUCGAUUGGUGACUCCGCUCAAAGCGAAUCAAGCCCCCGAGCAGCCGUUGUCAUGGGCGGAUCUCGAUACUGGCGGGGCUGCAUUCAGUGACGAAGAUAUCUGGGAAGAUGUCGACUUUGCCCCUAGCUCCUCAGACGAUGACUUUGCUUCUGUUACCAGUGAGGUCUCCCUCACGCGGGGACCGCCUCGAACACCAUCUGCACCGGAACAAAACUACGUGAUCCCGGCCGAGGUAUUCGUGUCAGGGGAAGAUGAAGACCUCAUUACCGCCAUGGAGAAGGCCCAGUUCUGGAAACCUGAAAACAAACCUCCAAUUCCUCGAGGAAAAGAGGAAGCCUCUUGUCCUAUCACCGAACUUCAAUUGGCCAGAGAAACGAUCUUCAUGCUCCAAGGCUUACCAACGUCGAUCUUCUGGCGCCUCGAGAAUAAUAUUGAAGUGGACCGCAGCUAUACACUCGCGCACUCGUCCCACACGGCGCUUUUAUCACUACUGAAGUUCUUUACCGAAACUGGCUCAAAGAUUGAUGCACUGCGGCGGUUCACCGAAGCCCCGCAGUCUAUCGCUUACAUGCAGACGUUUUGCCGAGGCGUCGAAGACCGCCUGCGCGAGUUUGAUGGGUUUCUCUGUAAGGUACAAUGUAGCUAUCUUUCUGCGGGCUCCAUUGUCAGUAUCCUUCAAUUGAGUGAUGAUGUUCGCCAGUCGUCGCAUCAAUUGCUGCUCUUAUCCGACUUGGUUUCAAAGGCCGAGACGAAUUCGACAAAUCAACCAAUGCGUUGUCUCGACCUAUUAUACAAUCUAGUAUGCAUGACGGAAGCUCUGGGUGACGAAGAAACCUCAAGAGCACUAGCAACCUUGUUCUUUUCAUGCUUCAAAACCUAUACACGCUCAAUUCAACUUUGGAUGGAAUCUGGACAAGUGGAUCCCCUUGACGCUGCCUUUUUCGUCAAGCUGAAGAGUGACAGCGGUGAUUUGCGGACUUUGUGGCAUGACUGGUACGAGAUUGACGAAGGCUACCAAGGACAGAAUAUUCCCCAAUUCUUGGAACCGAGCCUGCUCAAGGUCUUCACUACUGGCAAGAGCUUGGUCUUCUUGCGCCACCUGAACGCGCUUCCAGACCGUUCCGAGUCAGCCACAAGGACAGACACGAUAUUCGACGAUGUCUAUUCCGAGUCGACAUAUACGGCUCUUCCAUUUUCUGCGCUAGUUGAGUCUGCAUUUGACCGCUUGGUAGAUCUCAACCACUCGGCCAGCGCGGGCUUGCUACGAACUGAACUUGACGAACAGUGUGGACUUUGGGUGUCUUUUGAUGCCCUUCAACAUGUCUACCUUGGCCAAGAUCUCAGCAUUAUUGGCAUGAUCGAUGCUAAAAUCUUCGAACUGAUGGACCGUGGCCGGUCCUGGGAUGAUAAAUUCCUCCUUACCGAGGUGACCAGGUCCGCGUUCAGCGCAAUGUCUACUAUGGACUUGUCAAGACUGGUCGUGCGAUCACAUGGCUCUUCCUCCCGUGAUUCUCAGAGCCUUGCAAGAACCGUCGAUAUCCUCGAAACCAUCUCAAUCGACUACGUUCUUCCGUGGUCUGUCGCAAAUAUCGUCACCCAAGACGCGAUUCACAUCUACCAACGAGUCUCGACAUUUCUUAUGCAGAUACGCCGCGCAAAGUAUGCACUUGUCAAGCAGCGCUUGCGAGAUGGGCAUGCCGCUGAAGCAGAUGACCGCGCUCUGGUCCACAGUCUCCAUCACAACUUGUUGUGGUUCAUUGAUACCCUCUACGCACAUCUUACCUACCUAGUCAUAUCAACCGCAAACCAAUCUCUACACCAAGCUCUCUCCAAUGCUGAAGACGUGGAUGCCAUGAUCGCCGCACACGACUCAUACAUAUCAUCACUGGAGACCCAGUGCCUACUAUCCGAAAAUCUCUCUCCAAUCCACGAGGCUAUCAUCAACCUCCUGGAUCUUUCCAUCCACUUCGCGGAUCUACAAACUGUCCACACAGCCGAAGAAGGGAUGUUUGACCAAGGCGACGCCAGCAUGCUGAAUACACUACGGCGAAGGAAGAGUGACGAAGAUGAUUCGGACUCGGACUCAGAUGAAGAUAAUGACUUUGAGCAUGAGCAAACAUUGACCAUCUCAUUCCGUGAUUCGCCAUAUGAUCUGCAGAUGCGAAAUGUAAAACGCCAAUAUGACCAUUUGAUUACCUUUGUUGCGGAUGGGCUGAAAGGUGUUGCUCGUGCUGAUGGUCUGCCUAGCUGGAAUAUUCUGGCGGAGCGUCUGGAAUGGAGGAAAGGUUGA